AUGGUUUCUAUCGUUCUAGGCAGUCAAUGGGGAGAUGAAGGGAAGGGAAAGAUCACAGACAUGCUGUCGCAGGACGCAACGCUCUGCUGUCGUGCAGCCGGCGGACACAAUGCCGGCCACACCAUCGUCCACGAGAACGUCACCUACGACUUCCACAUCCUGCCCUCCGGACUGGUCUCGCCAAAAUGUAUCAACCUGAUCGGAGCCGGCACCGUCUUCCACGUCCCCAGCUUCUUCAAGGAACUCGCCGCUAUCGAGGCUAAGGGUCUGAAGGGCGCCUCUAAGCGCAUCUUCGUCGCGGACCGCGCCCACGUCUGCUUCGAUCUCCACUCUGUCGUCGACGGUCUCGAGGAGAAGGGUCUCGGUGGACGUAAGGUUGGUACUACCGGAAAGGGUAUCGGUCCCUGCUACAGUGACAAGGCUGCUCGUCGCGGUGUGCGUGUUGGAGAGAUUUUGGACGAGGAGACCUUCGAGCGCAAGUUGCGACACCUUGAUAUCGCGUACCGCGCGCGCUAUGGUGAUUUGGAUUAUGAUGUCGAGGAGGAGAUUGCCCGGUUCAAGGAAUACCGCACUCUACUCAAACCCCACAUCGUCGACCAACUCGAGUUCCUCCAAGAACACAAGAACUCCCCCAACACCCUAGUGGAAGGCGCCAACGCCCUGAUGCUCGAUCUCGACCACGGCACCUACCCCUUCGUAACCUCCUCCUCGACCGGCCUCGGCGGCGCCGUUCAAGCCCUCGCCCUCAACCCGUCCAGCAUCAAGUCCGUCAUCGGUGUCGUAAAAGCCUACACAACCCGCGUCGGCUCCGGCCCCUUCCCCAGCGAACAGCUCAACGCCGACGGCGAGAAGCUGCAGGUCGUCGGCCGUGAAUUCGGCGUCACGACUGGCCGCAAGCGUCGCUGUGGAUGGCUGGAUCUUGUGCUGUGUCGCUACUCGCACGCUAUUAACCACUACACGGCGCUGAAUCUGACUAAGUUGGAUAUUCUUGAUGACUUUGAUGAGAUCAAGGUUGGCGUGGCUUAUAUCCUGCCGGAUGGGAAGAGGGUUACCGGCUCGUUCCCGGCCGAUCCUAAGGUUGUCGAGCAGAUUCAGGUUGAGUAUGUUACUCUGCCCGGGUGGAAAUCUAAUACUAUGGGUGUGCAGAGGUAUGAGGAUUUGCCGGCUAAUGCUAGGGCUUACAUUGAGUUUAUUGAGAAGGAGAUUGGUGGUGUGCCGGUUAAGUGGAUUGGGACUGGUCCUGCUAGAGAGCACAUGAUUGCCCGUGAUUAG